AUAUGGACACAGAAAGCCAGCUCCAGGUUUCGAAUUCAGAGCAGCAGAAUGAAGGAACCUCUUUUUCUAAAACUUGUUUCCAUGGACUCAACGCCUUGGCAGGUAUUGGCAUACUCUCAAUGCCAUAUGCAGUUUCACAAGGAGGGUGGCUGAGUUUCAUGCUACUAAUCAUUUUUGCCAUGAUAUGUUGGUACACAGCUUUACUUCUAGAAAGGUGUAUGAAUCAACAACCAUUAAUCAAAUCCUAUCCUGAUAUAGGUGAAGUUGCUUUUGGAUAUAAAGGAAGAGUUGUAAUAGCAAGUUUUAUAUAUGUAGAGCUUUUUUUAGUUGCUGUGGAGCUUCUUAUAUUAGAAGGUGAUAAUUUGGAGAAGUUGUUUCCAAAUAUGAGUUUCACAUUGUUUGGACUUAGAAUUGGAAGUAAAAGUGGUUUUGUGUUAAUCACUGCUUUGAUAAUAUUACCAUCAACUUGGUUGAGAAGUUUAGGAGCUUUGGCUUAUAUAGCUCUUUGUGGGAUAAUGGUUUCUUUCAUUUUAGCUGGUUGUGUUGUGUGGGUGGGAGAAUUUGAUGGUGUAGGGUUUCAUGAAAGAGGUAAGUUAGUAAAUUUUGGAGGAUUGUCAACUGCAAUGAGCCUUUUUGCUUUCAGUUACUGUGCUCAUGGAUUAAUGCCAACAUUAUCUAAUUCCAUGAAUGAUAGAAAGCAGUUUUCAAAGGUUUUGCUGGUUUGCUUUAUGGCAAGCACAAUUAUCAAUGGAGCUGUAGCUGUGUUAGGCUACAUGAUGUUUGGAGAUCAUUUAAAGUCUCAAAUCACAUUAAAUCUACCAACAAAUAAAAUCAGUACAAAAAUAGCAAUAUAUGCCACAGUAAUAACUCCUUUCACCAAGUAUGCUAUGGUAAUCACUCCAAUAAUCAAUGCCAUUGAGGACAAAUGGCAUCUAUGCAAGAGAAGACCCUUAAGCAUUCUCAUAAGAACAAGCAUUGUAAUCAGCAGUGUAAUUGUGGCACUAUUUGUUCCAUUUUUUGGAUACAUUAUGGCUUUUAUUGGUGCUUUCUUGAGCAUGGCAAUGUCAUUGUUGUUUCCUUGCAUUUGCUACUUAAAGAUGCACAAAGCUGCUAGGCGAUUUGGGUUAGAGUUGAUCAUAAUCAUAUCAAUUAUGAGCAUUGGUACAUUUAUUGGAAUACAAGGUACCUACAGUUCACUUGUUCAAAUAGUUAAAAAUAUAAAGACAUGAAGGUUAUGCUUCUAGCUUCUAAAUAAACUAUUUGAGUUCUACUACAAAUGUAUAAUACUAAUUAGUGAAAUAUAUUUUUCGUUGAUUUACUCCUUGUUCAUGAAUUAAAGAGGAAAGUGGAGUAUGCUUGUGUCCCUCAUGCAUAUUUGAAUAUCAUCUUAGUUCCAUUUUGACUUCCAAUGCAAGCAUCUAUCCUUUUUUAUCAUAUAGUAAAUGGCUAGACCAAACAAAUCCUAACAAGUUGGUUGUGGUAUUUCACAACAAGCACAAACACCAAAACUCUAUGUGAGACCUAGGUUGCCUAUGAAACAUGUUUGUAAGUUACCUUGCUCCAAUAAAAGAUUGUUGUACUCCACUAUCUAUGUCAAAUUUAUGAAUGUAUGUUACACAUUAAUUUUACUA